AUGGUCAUGAUUUGUACAAGGAGACAGAAACAGGAGUCACCAAAUGAUAAUGGUAACUUAUGUGGCUGUAAUAUUGAUAUGGUCAUGAUUUGUACAAGGAGACAGAAACAGGAGUCACCAAAUGAUAAUGGUAACUUAUGUGGGUGUAAUAUUGAUAUGGUCAUGAUUUGUACAAGGAGACAGAAACAGGAGUCACCAAAUGAUAAUGGUAACUUAUGUGGCUGUAAUAUUGAUAUGGUCAUGAUUUGUACAAGGAGACAGAAACAGGAGUCACCAAAUGAUAAUGGUAACUUAUGUGGGUGUAAUAUUGAUAUGGUCAUGAUUUGUACAAGGAGACAGAAACAGGAGUCACCAAAUGAUAAUGGUAACUUAUGUGGGUGUAAUAUUGAUAUGGUCAUGAUUUGUACAAGGAGACAGAAACAGGAGUCACCAAAUGAUAAUGGGUGUAAUAUUGAUAUGGUCAUGAUUUGUACAAGGAGACAGAAACAGGAGUCACCAAAUGAUAAUGAGGAUGCAGAUUCAUAUGGUCAAGGUUUGUACAAGGAAACAGAGCAGAAACAGGAGCCACCAAAUGAUAAUGAAAACUUUUGUAGAAUAGUAGGGGAGGCUGGUACUAUUGUGCUACUUUUUUUAGUUAGCAAUUCAAUUAGAGUGCUCUGCCAAGAACAAGAAGACCCCUGCCAAUCCAAAACCCGGGUGUCACCUGACAGAACGCAUUGUGAUCGCUACUGGGAAUGUCAGAAUGGCAGGGCCGAAUUAUAUGACUGCCCCAACGGGUUGGUCUUCGCUGGUAAGCACAGGGGAGUGACCGAAGGCUGCGACUACCCCUGGAGGAACGAAGACUAUUGUCACGGAAAGCAACUUGCCAACGGCCCAAUAGCUACAGAACACUGCGAUUGGCUUUACGGCAUUUUCGGACAUGAAACCUCAUGCACCCGUUAUUGGACAUGUUGGAACGGAACCGCCACAGAACAACUUUGCAUCGGCGGACUUUUGUACAACGAAAGGGCACACUCCUGCGAUUGGCCCGAGAACGUGGAUGGUUGCCAAAAACAUCCUUUGUGUAACGAAGAUGCCAACGGCAACGUACCUUUAGGAAAAUCCUGCAACCGUUACUGGCAAUGCCAAGGCGGUUACCCGCGUCUGCAACGCUGCCCAGCGAUGUUGGUGUUCGACAGGCGAAGCUUGAGAUGCGUCGCUCCUCCCACUGAAGACUGCGAUGUUCCACCAAUUGCUCAGACUGGACCUGGAGGAAUCGACAAUGCUGAUGAUGAUCAGAAUCAAAAUCUGAACCAGCGUGGUGGCGAUCAAUUCCCAAAUCUGCCAGCAGGAGCGCUGCCGGUUCCGAGCAGGAACAACAACCAGAACAGAGCGAGGAAUUAA